GAUACCACCCCUCUCGCCUCUUUUACAGUAAAAAUCCAACAUGGCGAACAUAGCAGGGCCUACGCGGCGAUGGCGGCGACAUUAUCUCACUUGAAGACGAGCGUUGCACAACAACAACAACGACGACGACGAGGGCGACGAUGAGGGAGCGACAGAAAAAGAAGAAAGGAAGGACGUGGGCGGAAGCCGCGAAGACGGUGCUGGAGAAAUACCCCAACACCCCCAUGAGCCAUAAAGAAAUCUUGCAGGUGAUCCAAAGAGAACAACUCAAAGAGAUAAGCGGGACGUCGCCGUUAGCAUGUCUGAAUGCCAUGUUGCACACAAACUCCCGCGGCGAGGAGGGCAUCUUCUAUAAAGUUCCGGGCAGGAUGGGCGUCUACACCUUGAAGAAGGACAUCUCCGAGGCGGCCACCGAGUUAUCGGAGGAAGAAUCCGAAGAGAGCGGCGACAAUCUGUCCGACUCGCGAAGCUCGGAAAACAACAGCGGCCCUCGGGAAGGCAGGAGGAGACGCUGGAUGCGACCAGUUCCCUCCAAGCCGACGUCGCCGCAGCCCCGCUGCUCGUCCCCGUCCGUCGCCGCCGCCAAGCUCAUCUCGCCCUCGCAAAAGCACAGCAAGAAAGCCCUCAAACAGGCCUUGAAGCAGCAGCAACAGCGGAACCAACGCAGGCAGGCGGCGAUGCCGACCGCUUCCAGUUCCAGGCUGCUGCUGAAGACCAUCAAAGACAUGGCCGACAACAUCGGCGCCAAGACCGAUCUUUGCCUCCCCGUUGGACCCCGGAAGGUUUCUCGGCGCUCAGGUCGUCUCGGUGCAGGGCACCUAAAACGUAACAGAUGCAAAAUCGAUGUCGAGACUCCCGACUCCAUUUUGGUCAACACCAACCUACGGGCCAUCAUCAACAAGCACACCUUCUCGGUCCUGCCGCCGGCCUGCCAGCAGAGGCUGCUGCGACAUCUUCCCCAAGUGGACCAGCAGGCCUGCACGGAUGGUCUCCUCAAGGUGACGAGUUCGGCUUUGAACAAUGAAUUCUUCACGUCGGCGGCGCAGUCGUGGAAGGAACGGCUGGCUGAGGGUGAAUUCACUCCAGAGUUGCAGCUGCGAAUGCGGCAGGAAAUCGAGAAGGAGAAGAAAGUUGAGCACUGGAAAGAGGUCUUCUUUGAGAGCUAUUAUGGUGAAAAUUCUGGGCUGAGUCUUGAGGAAUCCAAAGAGCUGACUAAAGCCGAUCUAAAAUGGGAACCGAAGCCUCGUCAGCCAAGAGCGUUGGAGGAAGCGAAGGGCACCAAGGACCGCAGUCGGACCGACAAAGACUUCAAGUCCACACCGUCGCAGGAGAAGGCACCACCUCCUCCGAAAGAAUCUCUCUCCGUCCCAGAGCUGAUGAAGACCAGGCGCUCUCAGCAAGCCGAGGAUUGUCAGAUGCCCGUUCCGACCUUGAGACCGGAACCCAGGGAGCGCGUCACCGCAGAGACGCGGACUGAGCCGAGUGUCAAAGAGGAUAAAACGCAACUCGCCCGGUCUCCCGUCAAGACGAGCCCGCUUCCAGAAUCCCGUACGGAGGUAAAAGAGGGUCCACCGACGUCUGGGGUGAAGCCUUCUGGAGAGACGAAGGCCAUGCCGGAAGGCGCUUCAGAACAGCAGAAAAGAAAGCCUACCGGCGAGACGGAGGAUGAGGCCACGCCGGACAAAAGACAGCGGGUAUCCUCGCUUUCCUCAGUGUCCUCCAUCUCCUCCGUGUCUCCUCCGGCUUCAACCAUACCCAGCCCGGCCACGCCCACUUCGGCUGCCAACCAGAGAGUCCCGCCAGGCAAGAUUCCAGGAUCACGCAUUUUCCCCAUCCCCGUGUCCCCAAGCCACGGGUCGCCAAGGAUGCCUCUCCCCGCCCCCACGAGCAGCCCGGCUCGUACCGGCGCUCGCACUUUAGCGGACAUCAAAGCCAAAGCUCAGCUUGCGCGAGCGCAACGAGUAGCAGCGGCGGCGGCGGCCGCAGCCUCCGGUGGUGCUCCGGCCGGGUCCGGGCAAGGCGCGGGUAGAGCCGAGUCGACAAAACCCUCUCCAAGUCCGAGUCCGACAUCCCCACACGCCAGGUUACCGCUCAAUGCCACCGGCACACCUCCAUCUCGGCCACAGGACUUCCUCGGUCCACUCGGUCCGAGGCACUUCAACAUUCAGGAUCCGAGAACAGCAAACGUGCGACCUUCUAGCACUUGUUCAGACUCUGUACUUGAGUGUCAGGAAAGUCCAUCUGGAUCAACCUGGACCAGCUCCUGUAUCCCUGCAAACAACCCGUUGGUCACCAGGCUCCUGCAGGGAAAAGAAGUCCCCUUGGAGCAGAUCCUCCAGAAACCGCUCACCAAGGUGGAGGUCAAGAUGUCAAAUGUACACUCCAGCGAGGGGAAGCCAGCUCCUUCAGUCUACGGCGGCGUUCCGGAGCACCACCGGUCCAAUACCCCUGGCCGGGGCUUCUCCGACGACGGCAGGCACCACAAGGAACCUCUUGACAAAGACACUCAGGAGCAGAUCCUGCAGACUCUGAUGGAGAAGAAAAUACCGCAGCGACCAUGGAUAUCCGCCGGUUUCUUGGGCCGCAAGAGGACGCAGAGGCCAGCCAUGUCGGGACACUACCUCCUCAACGUGUCCACGUACGGCCGAGGGUCGGAGAGCAAGCGCUCUCAGCAGGCCGCCAUCCCGAAUGUGACCGCUGCGGCACGAGAGGGAACGUUUGAGUUCAAAAUGGAGCUGCAAGGAUCAUCCGUAAUCAAGUGUGAGCAAGCGGAGAGCCUUCUACUUGGUCCCGGCGUUAAAACCGACCCGGGAUUUGAGAAAACUGCGACGGAUGAGAAAACCCCAGGGCCUAAGCAACUCUGCAAUCAAGGAAAACCCGAGCCAUAUCUUCCGCCCAAGGACUCCAGUCACCAGCGGCCGUCUGCCUUCCCAACCCCAAGGAUGUCCAUCCAUCAGGAAUCGGUUUCGCCCCGUUACGGCGGAACCAUCAGCGUGUCCGUACCGCACACUUUGAACCGCAACGCCGCCGCCGGCAGCGCCACCGCGCCGGACUCCGGGAGCGUCAUGUCUUUCUCGGUGACGGUCACCACCAUUCCUGCCGCCGCCGGCCCCCUGGACUCCGGCGACCGGAGCGCGCCACCGGCGGAACCGUCCUUCAUGGAGGCCGCUGGCAUGGAAGACGCGCAGUCCAAGUGCUACUGUCGGCUGAAAGCCAUGAUCAUGUGCAAAGGGUGCGGGGCCUUCUGUCACGACGACUGCAUCGGACCUUCGGAGCUGUGCGUCUCCUGUCUGGUCGUACGAUGACACCCGGAUCGAUCGCGGCCCUGUCUCUUUCCUACAUGGAGUUUGCUCAUUGCCCCUGUGGUUGAGUGGUUUUAUUGCCGGUUCCUAUGACUCGCAGGUCUCAAACACGGUUCCUGAAAGUUUUUGGAUAUUUGCCUCUCCCCACACGUCUGAUUCAAAAGAUCAGUCCAUCAGCAAGCUCUGUCGGAGCCUGAGAACAAUCCAGAUCGUUUGAAUCGGGCGUGUUGGAGGAGUCGGAAAAUCAAACGUGCGGCAUCAAGGCCUUCCAGGACCAGAGUUUAACGCCCGUUUCGAGCUGUGAACGGGGGUUUGAAUGUCUUGUCUGUCUACUGAAUACAGUACUCACAAAAAAAAUCUGGGAUACAGGGUCUGAGCUCUCCGGCAAAAACUUUUUAAAAUAGUUUGUGUCGGGUUGGGGGUUCUGAAAGUAAUUUCCGAACGGGAUCGUAUGUCAGCAACCCUUCACCAUCAACAUGGUCCCCGGUGGAAAUGGUUGAGGACCUCAAGCCGCUCAGCUUCUGCGCACCCCUGCUUACAGAUGCCAUGGGAUGGCGCUGAAGCCCUACAUUUCAAUUUAACUGAGCUUUGGAUUGUAAUCAAAGCUCCUCUUCGCACCUCAACCUAGUUCCUUGCCACCGGCGUACCGCAAGGUUGGUUCCAGGGCACUAUUUUUCUAUUAGGCAGGGCUAUGCAAGGAGAGUUUUUCAGCGGGUAGCAGAGGAUCCGUUCCCCUCAAAAAUAGACGAAUUAGCAAAUUUGGCAGUGGUUGAUUGCAAAUUGGCGAGGGAACUUUGGGGUGAAAUUUCAGUAUGAAGCUAAAAUGCAGUACAACUUUAACAGGGUCACUUGAUUUGCUCUUCCCUCAAGUUUCGAAUGCUCAGCUGUGACAUUUGGGGUUCAUCCUGAACUUUGACCCAAAGCCAAAAUAUCCCCAACUUUUUGUGAGUACUCGCUGCGUUCUCCCAUUGGCUGGCGACCAGUCAAUGGUACCCUGGACCCCGCCUCUCGCCAGAGUCAGCUGGGGUAGGCUCGAGCUCGCACGCAACCCUGUUGACAGUAAGCGCUUUAUAAAACGGAUUUACUGAAAUGUCCAAAGGCGUUUCGAAACAUCCGUUCUUAAAACAAUCGGUAGUCUCAUCGGAUCUAAUCGGACAAUUUGCACUUAGCAUUAGCAUGCUAUAUAUUUUUAAACUGUAGAUUUAUGAAAAGUAGUUUUUAAAUGGGAAAACAGAGGGAAAAAAACUAUUAUUUUUGUUGAAACAAAAGACUGUUUUAGACUUUUUAUUUUUUACUAUCGGGCCUGUGUCAUUUUAAAGGCAAAAAAGGGGGCGUUGACGAUAAUCACAGUGUGUAAGAUACCUCCUGUUUGGUGUUUGUCAUGCACACACACACACACACCAGGGAAAGUGCAACUAUUUUAUAAUAUUAACACCAGAGACUCGCCAAGAUUCGUGUCUAGUUUUGAAGAGAGCUUUUAAAAGGAUUUUUUUUCUCCUACAUUACACCUUAUGCAAAUUAAUUAUGAUCAUAUAUUCAGGAGAAAAAUGCCCAAUUGAAACGGUAGCGGAUGCUUGAAUUUACUGAAAUUUAAACAAAGACCUUCCUACUGCUUUUUCUUACCUGUGUUGUAGAUAUAUCAACAUCCGGGUCUCCAUUUUUUUGUCCUCUGUAAAUAUUUGAGGCCAAUGCCUGUAUGUACAUGUUUGAUUUGAAACCAGACAAAAUUAAGACACGGUUAAUCGGAAAUCCACCGUGGAGAGUCAAAACGCCAACGCUCGAAGCAGCCGUCGCGGUUUGACACGGCACAAUUUAUUUCAUAUACACACACACACACACACAUAUCUAUAUAUAUCUAUAUCUAUGUAGAUAUAUAUAUCUAUAUAUAUACACACACACAGUACACAUAAAACAUUUCCUGGAGGUGCAAUAGCAAAAACGCCAAAGUCACCUUAAAAACUAAUUAGAUCUAAUUUUGAAAUAUCUUAAUAAUAAAGCAAAGUAAUAUAUUUUCAUUAAUAUAUUUUAAUAUAAAAGAGAUAUUUGCAUUUGAAAAUCAACAGGGUAUUUUUUUUUUCCUCUCCGGUUUUUCCUGUCAUUCUUUUGGUCUUUUUUGGAGGACCUGACAGGCCACUACACAGAUGUUUAUGCUUGUAAGCACCCACAUAUGUAUGUUACAUGACUUGUAAUCUGUGUUUGUUUUUUUUAGACGCGUCUACAUUUGUACGGAGAGGCGAGAAUUUUUCAUGUGUGACGUUAAAUUGGAAAAAUUGGGAGGUAUGACUUAUGAGUCGCGUUUAGUCGUUUUAUGUCAUUGGGUUCAUCUUAUGCCCUCCUGAAUUAUUGAAAAGCCAACAGAAAACUUAAAAAAAUAAUAACUUAAUUCCCACGUGGCAAAUAAUUUGCUGAUGUGAAAUUUGUUGGGGGGUUGGUGAUUCAGGGGUUUGAAGUUAAUCAGGUAGCUUGUGGGCGAUACACAGAAAACAAACUUUAACCCACAAAUGCCCGGAAGGCAAAAAUAAUCACAAAAAUAACAAACUGUCGAAGUAAAACGGUCAACAAUGUCCACCAAUGUAAGACCCAAAUGUCAUUUUGUCCUCCGUUUGAAACGGCUGAAUGUAAUGUAAACUAUUGUGUGUAAAAAGACAACCGCGUAUUUUAUCAAAAGCUCUGGACUCUUAUGAAUAAAAAUGAUGUAAAAAAAAGUUUUCUUGUGUUUUCCCCCUCCACCCUGCACAAUAAACUUGGGUCAAAUGAUUAUUAUUAAUGAUACAAUAAAUGAUUUGUGUUUGAAUGACUUUAUUUUCAAAAUUUUAAAUAUUACAUACUGUACAUACUCAUUUUUAAAAAGUGAAAUAAGUGAAUUAAUUAUCAUUCAAUGGUGAUGAAAGGAAGGUUAAUGAGUUAAUUUGAUUAAAAUAAUUUUACAU